AUGAAUGCUCCGGCUGUUCGUAUCAAAGGACAAUCUCAAGUUUACCGUGUUCAUAGAAACACCCUCGAAACCAUUCAACGAAUGGCUCCUCGUACAAGGCUAAGAAGGACUUGGGUAAUGUUUGGCGAAAUAUGGAGUGAGAUUUAUAGAGGGAGUAAGUUACCUUUCACCAUCGAAUUCACAGAUGAUGCCUUGGAGAAGGAGUCUAAGGAUCGUCAGGUUUUGUGUGAAAGCGUGGAAAAAGUUUUAGGUGUUGUUGUUGAGUUAUUAAAGGACAAGUCUACAACUGCUGAUGAAAACACCACCUCCAAGCCAGUGGAUGAGGAUGCCAAUGUAAUUGUUAUGAACGAGUUAGGAUUAUUAGGCGGAGAGAACAAAGUUCGUCCAAGAUUACUGAGCGAAAAAGAUUGGUGGGAAGGUGUCGAGUACGCUGAAAAACUUAUCGAGGAGUUGUUAACUGAUCUAGUACCUGUUCCCGAAUCUAAAAAUGAAGAUGCAUCUCGAGGUCUUAUUUACAACUAUUUUGAUUUUUGGGAAGCUAUAUUUAAACGAUACAAAGAAUUAAAACCCGAACAUGGUAAGGAUGGAUUUCAAGUACUAGUCAAAAGUGAGUCUAGAGAAGCGAUUCCCGAAGUAAAAUGUUCUGACGAAGCUUUGCGGAAAAGAAUAGCACCUCUAGAGGUAUCAUCAAAAUUGACUAGUCGCCGUAAGCGAAGUCAUUUUGCCAAAUGUAAUGAUGAAAACGACGUACUCCUAUCUUCAUAUUGCGAGAAAAUAAGGACAAUAGUUGUUAACUGUAUACUUCCUGAUGGUACUAUCGACCAUUUUACUAUAGCAUGUGAGGCGGACGAAAUUUGUGUUGAUUAUGACGAUCAGUUUGGAUCUGCUCAGGCACUUUGCAUUGAAAAUCCAUAUAUCAGAACAUGGACUGGUAUUGAAAAUAAACUUUCCUGUUCAUCUGAUGUAGCAUACGUUAAAGCAGGAGAUGUGCAUACCGGAGUGAAUACAUAUUAUGAUAAUGGGGAUACAGCGAACGUGUAUGAACUGCAGACGUUCAGAUCAAGUAGUUGA